GAGGAACGCGCAGGAAUAGCUAGCGAGCUGUCGUGGUUAAAAACAAAACCGUUUUAACCACAAAGUAACAAUCGCGAGUAACGAACAACAUCUGGUUUUAUUUAUACUAGCGAACGGUUUCAACAUGACUGACAGUCCAGCCCUAGAACAAGAGGAGGCUACAGAGGCAGAUACGAAAGCCGUACGAAUGGCUAAAAUGAUUACCAUCGGGUGAAGACCAGAAUUUAGAAAUCCAGGGCUCGGUGACUGUUUGCAACAUAGAAACUGAAGAGAGCCAAGAGGAAAAUGCCUUUAACGACAAGCAUUUCUACUGUGAAACCUGCCAUAAACUAUAUUUAGACCAGUGUGAUGUUCACGGCCCACCGUUGUUCACCUAUGACACUCCCACACCCGUCGGAGUUCCUCAGAGGGCUCUCCUUACUCUUCCUCAAGGCUUAGUCAUAGGUAGAUCAACAACUCCUGGGGCUGGACUAGGUGUUUUUAACCAGGGACAAAUUGUACCUCUUGGAAUGUAUUUUGGGCCUCUCGAUGGAGAGGUCACUGGCACAGAAAAGGCACUAGAAAGUGCUUAUUCAUGGAUGAUAUGCAGAGGGAGUGAUCGGUGUGAUUUCAUUGAUACGGAGAGGGACACUCAUUCAAAUUGGAUGAGGUAUGUAGUUUGUUCCCGGAGCGAGCAUGAACAAAACCUGGUGGCGUUUCAGCAGGAUGGGCGCAUCCUGUUCCGCUGCUGCCGCCCCAUCUAUCCUGGGCAAGAACUGAAAGUCUGGUAUGCAGAGGAUUACGCUCAAAGCCUCUGCACCACAUGGGAUAAAAUCUGGGAUAAGAAAUGCACACCUAUAGGAAGAAACUGUGACGAAGCCUCACAGCUUUGUCUUUGUCCCUACUGUCAAUACUCCUUCCCAGCAGCUUUUUACCUACACAGACAUGUGAGACGCUCGCACCCAGAUGAGUAUCCACACCUGCUGGAAACUCAAGCUAUUGAGCCUAGUGACCAGACACCGGUUAUGAAUUUGGAUCAUUGUCUACUUGCCUCUGAUGCACCACCUCCAUCCGAAAUGCAGCAAAUGACAAAAUCUUUGCAAAGCCAGUUUCCAGGACUCCAUGACCAGACCGAGCAACCAAACCCGAACGAUCCAUCGGCACAUGAAAAUUGCAGUGAUCUGAUGAAUGAUACAGACCAGGGUAAUGCCGGUGUCGUGGAGGUGUCAAGGAACAAAUGUGGUGAAUGUGGGAGAAUAUUUUUGCGGUCGUGCCACUUAAAAAGACAUCAACGCACAAUUCACUCUAAAGAGAAGCCUUAUUGCUGUAGCCAUUGUAGGAAAUGCUUUAGUCAGGCAACAGGGUUGAAAAGACACCAGCAGACACACCAAGGUGAUAAAGAGAAAACCGAGGGAACGCAGCAAGCUGAGAAAGGGGACGCUGUCUACUCGUGCACUAAGUGCUCCUUUUCUUUCAUAACCAAACUCAACCUCUACAGACAUCUCAAAAGACACCACCAUGGAGAGUAUCUAAAACUAGUUGAGAAUGAAUCUUCUAAUGCUGAGUCAGCAUUGCAACACGCAAACUCAUCAGACAAACAUGAUCCUCCUUAUGAGCCACCAGCCAAGCUUCGAAGAUCGGCUUUAAACCUUAACAGGGCUGGUAAUCAAAAGAGGAAAGUACCAACGGGUCGUCCUCGAGGCAGACCACCAAAAAUAAAAAAAAAACACAUUCAGAAGCCAGUCAAAGACACAGUUCAAGAGGAGAAUCAAAACAAGUGUUCAGAGGCUGACCAGACUGCUAAUGAUAGUGAGAGUACUGUGGUUUCUGAGUGGACUAAUGCAGGGGGCAAAGAACCACAGGAAAUGGCACAGGAGACCUCCUCGCAUGUUUGUGGUGAGUGCCUAAGAACCUUCAGCCACCUCCAUCUUCUGAAAAGCCAUGAAUGCAUUCAGCAGGGAGACGGACCUCAUGGCUGCUCUCGCUGCGAACUCUAUUUCAACCGACUGUGCAACCUGCGGCGACAUGAACGCACCAUUCAUGCCAAAGAGAGGCCCUACUGCUGCACACUGUGCCUUAAGUCCUUCACCCAGUCAUCUGGCCUGAAGCGGCAUCAGGAAAGCCACUCGCGCCACAGAGCCCAUCGCCAGAGCACAGCACUGGCCAAUGCCACUAUUUACCCCUGCAGCCACUGCCCCUUCUCCUUUACUGGUGAGCGUUACUUGUAUAAACAUAUCCGCCGCCACCACCCAGAGAUGACUACAAAGUACCUAAGUUUUAAUGAAGGCGAAUUGCCAUCAAAGGAACAUAGCUGCACUCAAUGCUCUAAGACGUUUCAGACAAUUAGAGGUUUCAAGAACCAUGCCUGCUUCAGACAAGGGGACCAGCUGUACCUGUGUCCAGACUGUGGUAAGGCCUUCAGCUGGUUCAACAGUUUAAAGCAGCACCAGCGCAUUCACACCGGAGUGAAACCGUACGCAUGCUCGCAGUGUGAAAAGAGUUUUGUGCACUCAGGUCAACUGAACGUACAUAUGCGCACACACACUGGGGAGAAGCCAUUUCUGUGUGCCGAGUGUGGUGAGAGCUUUAGGCAGUCAGGUGAUCUGAGACGGCAUGAGCAGAAGCACUCGGGUGUGCGGCCAUGUCAGUGCCCUGACUGUGGAAAAAGUUUCAGUCGGCCACAGAGUCUCAGGGCCCACCAGCAGCUUCACAAGGGCACAAAACUGUUCCCUUGCACACAGUGUGGCAAAAGCUUUGCUCGCCGUUACCACCUUACCCGUCAUCAUCAGAAAAUGCACUCUUGAUUACUUUAGCCAAAACCAUGACUCUAAUGAGUCCAUUUAUUCAUUGACAAAUGUAAUUUCUGUUACGACUAAUUUUUAUAUUAAACCUGGUUCCUUUUAAAUUGAGCCUGUACCCACAUGAACAUGCUAAUGAAAUGCUAGUUAAUUUCUGCAUUGGAUUGUCUGACUGGAAUGGAAAGACACAAUGGUUUGUGUUGUCUAAUACAUAAUGGAAAACGGCACGCGUUAGCAAACUGAAACAUCAUUCAGAUAACGACCGAUGUCAAUGAUGUUAUCUAGCGACGCAUAUGGUGGGUAACAAGUACACAAACAUUUACUACAGCUAAAUAAGAUUUUGUUCACUAAGCAUUCUGAGCCUAGAGUGUAUUUUAGAUACUUAAGAUAUCUAAAAUAAUAGUACUAGAACCUGGGCAAAUUAUAUAUAACUGGUGUUCCAGCUCACCAGAUAAUUAUUAAAGCCUUAAAGAUGAUAAUCUUAUCGAGUUGGAAAUAAUGUGAUCAUACUUAAUAAAGGUUUUUGUAAAUAAUAUCACCUGGAAUUGUUGUGAUGGACAAAUUGUGCUUUGUGGUAAAAUUGAAUAAAUGUUCUAAAAUUCCAACGCAGAUGUGGCUACGCUUACGUCAAGUAGGUGUGGAACUAUUUACAGUUCCGGACAACUUUCCCGAUGAAACAUCCAGAUUCCAGUUUGUUUUCACAAAACUGUUUGCAGAUAUAACCACCAUUCAUCCAACAACGGCUAUACUAGUUUAGUAGGUAAAGGUGGUGUAGCACUAAGGUUAUCGAAACUACAGACGUUUAUGAAAAUACUCGCGGAUUAUGUUUUGAUUUUGAAUAUCAUUCAUCUUACUAUCGACAUUAUCGUCAAUCAAACUUAAGUUUCAAUAUAUCUUAACUGUCAUGUCAUAUUUUUUGUUUGCGAGUUUAUUUCAUGUUUUAGUGUCAUUGUACACCUUUUUUUUUUUUAAGUUCGAUUUACGGUUUUCCUUUUUUUAAUAAAAAAAAUUCAAAACA